CCUACGGGUGAACAGAGAUGGCCACCCCUCAAACUCCAGGUAUGGAUCCUUGGGUGAUCCAACCCAGGGAACGUGCAAGAUAUAGAGAACAGUUUGAUUCUUUAAAACCAAUCAAUGGUGUUGUUACUGGAGAACAAGCAAAAGAAUUUUUGCUUAAGUCUCAGCUUCCACCUGUCAUUCUUGGACAGAUAUGGGGUCUAUCAGAUACAGAUUCAGAUGGAAAGAUGGAUAUAAAUGAAUUUAGUAUUGCAUGUAAAUUAAUUAAUUUAAAGUUACGUGGUUUUGAGAUUCCUAAAGCCUUACCACCUACAUUGGUGCAAAGUUUAAAGUCACUUUCUGCCAGUGAUAGUAAUGUUUCAAGUUUAACAAAUGGAGCUGCUAAUAUUCCACCACAGAAUAAUGUUGCUUCCUUAGUAAAUUUAUCUGCUACACCUCAAGUUCCAGUGCAGCUUGGUGGGAUGCCCAUGACUGGAUCUGUUCCACGACCACUUAUAGGCCCUCCACCUGCAAAUGGGCCAUUAUCAGGACAUGCUAUUAGACCUGCCUCACCAAUGACGUUACCAGCAUCACGACAAAGUAGACAGAAUGUGGCUGCCACUACACAUGCCACAACUCACACAGCGUCAAAGCCACCUGCUCGACCUGCACCACCCUCUGUGGGAAUCGUGCCUUCUACAAGUACUACCACUACCAUUAGUGGUGGGCCUCCUCAAAGACCUGCACCACCCACAAACAUUGGGGCAAAUUUUUCACCUGUUACCACUGGUCCAGCACCAAAACCAGCACCACCAUCGUUUCCUAAUAGUCCUGUUGCAGCUGGAAUUUCACCAGUAAAAGUUCCAGCUGCUUCUGCCACGGCUGUUGUUCCUCCAGUUCAACCUGUACAGCCAAUGACUACAUCAGCUAUGGAUUUACUUGAUCUUGAGUUUUCAGGCAUGCCUGCAGUAGCACCAAUUGCGCCCUUAAAUACAAAUCCAACACCAAUUGCAGCUUUUGGUAUGGGACAAACAAUGCCAAUGCAACCAUUGUGUACUGGAAUGGGUGCUCCAAUUACAGGUUCUGCUAUGAUACCAUCCAUUGCACCAAUGUCUACUGGAACAGGGGUGGUGUCAGCUCCUCCAGUUGUAGGUUUACCUCUAGUGUCAGCAACCGCAGCAAGUGGUACAUUAGUAAAUGGUGUAAUUGCUCAAACACCAGUAUCCACAAGCACACCAUUAAGCACAACUGCACGUCCACCAAGUAUAGAUAGGGUGGGCUCAAUUGAUUCACAACACAGCCAGCAUUCUGUAGGUUCCCCACAAGCUGUGGAAUGGGCUGUACCUCAUCAAACAAAAUUAAAAUAUACUCAAUUGUUCAAUACAUGGGACAGGACACGAACUGGAUAUUUAUCUGGUCCUCAGGCCAGGAACAUUAUGGUGCAAUCACAGUUACCUCAACAAGUGUUGGCACAGAUAUGGGCGUUAGCAGAUAUGGACUCGGAUGGUCGCUUGAGCUGUGACGAAUUUGUAUUAGCAAUGCAUUUAUGUGAUGUAGCUAAGACUGGUGAAAAGAUACCCAUUGCGCUUCCUAUAGAACUUAUUCCACCUGCGUUUAGACGUCAGCGACAAAGUAGUUUAACACUUUCACAGACUGGAACGGAAAAUAUAGAUCCAUCGGCCGGUAUGCCACAGACAUCCUUUGAAGACAAGCGUAAAGAAAACUUUGAAAAAGGUCAAGCGGAAUUAGAGCGUAGACGUAAGGCUUUGUUAGAAAUUCAACGGAAAGAACAAGAAGAACGCGAACGGAAAGAAAGAGAAGAGGCUGAGAAACAAGAGAAAAUUAGAUUAGAGCAAGAAAGACGAAGGCAAGCAGAAAUUGAGAAACAAAUGCAAAGGCAGAAGGAAAUUGAGUUCGAGAAGGAAGAACAACGAAAACGAGCUCAGGAACAAAGAGAAGCUGCACGAAAGCAAAUGGAAAGGCAACGGCAGUUAGAAUGGGAAAGGCAAAAAUCACAGGAACUUCAAACUCAAAGACAAAAGGAACAAGAUGUAUUACUUAAAUUGAAAGCAAAAAAUCAAACAUUAACUAUUGAACUUGGAACACUUAACGAAAAAGUAAAAGAAUUGUCACAAAAAAUUUGCGACACUCGGGUGGGUGUAUCCGGAGUAAAAACAACGAUCGAUGGCAUGCGAUCAACGCGCGAUGCACAAUUACAAGAAAUGGCUGCCUUAAAAAAUAAACUUCGCGAACAAAACCAGAGGUUACUAACUUUGAGUCAAGAGAAGGCUCGCAUUGAGGCGAAGAAUAAGCGAAACAUGGCUGCGGAAUCAGCAGGUCAAGAAGCUGUUCAAAUGGCGUUCGACAAUAAACAAAUAACCCUUAAACAAAUGAAGGAUAAAAUCAUUGAUUUGGAACAACAGAUCGAGGCUAAAAUGGCUGACAUAGAAAAUAAUAAUGGCCAACUUGAAGAUAUUAAAACACAGAUGAAAAAUUUAGUGAUCGAUUGCAAAAAUCUUUAUGUUAGCUUCGAAGAUAAAAAGUUAAAAGUCUUGGAACUCAAAGCAAGCGGCGGUGCAGAUUACACAACCUCUACAUGGGGUGACAAUGCUUGGAAUGACACUUCAACUGCAGUCAAUGAUACUGCUUGGCCUGUUAAUGAUACCACCACAACUGCCACAGAGGAAGAAGCAACCCCUGGAGUUAUGAAGUAUAGAGCUCUGUAUGAAUUUGUAGCUAGAAAUCAAGAUGAAAUAUCAUUUCAACCUGGCGACAUUAUCUUGGUACCACCCGUUCAGAACGCAGAGCCAGGAUGGAUGGCUGGUGAAAUUCGUGGUCAUACCGGUUGGUUCCCUGAAUCUUACGUAGAACCAGUAGACGUCGCAACCACAAAUGAUAACGCUUUCAUACAACAAGAUAGCGUUGAGAAGAGAACGUUAGAGGGAAUUGCUGAAGUUCCUGAGAAUGUAUCUGAUGCAGGAUCACUGGGUGGUGAACCUCCUGUUGUUGAACCUAUCAUACCUACUCUUGGAUUAGGUGUAGCCUGUGAUAUACAAGCAACAGCUGUAUAUCAGUAUCAUCCUACGACGGAACAGCAUCUUUCUUUUGAAAAGGGAGAUAUUAUUAAAGUUAUUGAACAACAGGGUGAUUGGUGGUAUGGUACUUCUAGCGCUGAUGUCAAUGGUUGGUUCCCUAAGUCAUACGUCAAAGAAAUCGCCGCUACUCAGGCUGCAGUGGUUGAUGGUCUCAAUGAGUAUUAUAUAGCCUUAUAUCCGUAUACCUCUGCCGAAACUGGAGACCUAACUUUCAACCAAGGAGAAGUUAUAUUAGUCACUAAAAAGGAGGGUGACUGGUGGACAGGGAAUAUAGAGGACAGGACUGGAAUUUUUCCUGCAAAUUAUGUAGAAAAAUGCGAUCCUCCAGAUCAGGGUGUCUCUGUAACUACUAACGUAUCUGAAACAACUGCAACCACAACGACAACUACGGAUACAACCACGAGUAAUCACGAAACACCCGUUUCAGUUGCUCAGACAGUAAUGCCAGCGGAGAAAACUGCUGAGCAGCUCGAAGAUGAGAGAGCAGCUGCAGAAGAUAGAGCAGAGUUGCCAGAUUUUACAGCAAUGGCUGCGCAGCAGUAUCAUAAGAGAGGAAGGAAACCUGAAAUUGUACAAGUUGUUGCACCUUAUCAAGCUACUAGUUCUGAACAGUUAGAUUUACAAAAAGGACAGUUUAUAAUGAUACGCAAAAAGACGGAUUCUGGAUGGUGGGAAGGAGAAUUACAGGCACGUGGUAAAAAGAGACAAAUUGGGUGGUUCCCAGCCUCUUAUGUUAAGCCCUUCACCAGCAGUAGCAAUCGAAGUACGCCGGUUUCACACGGAUAUCAAGACUCACCUACAGAUCCAAAUGUUGAGCGCGUUAUGGCACUAUAUCCAUAUCAGGCACAAAAUGAGGAUGAAUUAAGUUUUGAGAAAGGUGAUGUUAUAACUGUACUUGCGAAAGAGGAAUCCGCAUGGUGGAAAGGCGAAUUAAACGGAAUGUCUGGCGUUUUCCCCAGUAAUUAUGUAUCUCCUAUGUCUGAUGAGAUGACUACUGACUUACUAAUGGCUGGGUUGGAUUCCAUGGAAAGAAAGCGGCAAGAAUACAUUAAAGAGCUUAUCACGACGGAACAAGCGUAUAUAGAAGAUAUGAGACUCGUUCACGAGGUAUUUGAGAAGCCUCUCAUUGAAAGUUUAGUUUUAACUGUGGAUGAAGUGGAUAAAAUAUUUGUUAAUUGGAGGGAUAUUAUUGCAUGCAAUGAUAAUUUUUUGAGAACAUUACGGAUACGACGAGAUAACAGCAAAGGAGGGAUUGUAAGAAUGAUUGGAGAUAUUUUGUGUGAAAAUAUACCCCGAAUGUCAGCUUAUAUCAGAUUCUGCAGUUGUCAAAUAUCUGCUGCUGUCUAUCUUCAGAGAUUGACUGAAACUGAACCAGAAUUUGUCAAAGUUGCACAUACUUGCCAACAAGAUCCACGUACAAAAGGAAUGCCUUUGAGUUCUUUCUUGAUAAAACCAAUGCAAAGGAUAACAAAGUAUCCUCUUAUUAUUGGCAAAAUUUUAGAGCAUACUCCACUUGACCAUCCUGAUAGACAAUACCUUCAAGAAGCAUUGGCUAAAGCAGAAGAAUUUUGUACUCAGGUAAAUGAAGGAGUUAGAGAGAAAGAAAAUAGCGAUAGAUUAGAAUGGCUACAAACACAUGUUGCUUGUGAUGGUCUUGAGGAACAACUUAUCUUUAAUUCUUUAACAAAUUCUUUAGGUCCACGAAAGCUUCUUCAUUUCGGUAUACUUCAUAAGGCGAAAAGUGGAAAGGAACUUGUUGGAUUUCUCACAAACGAUUUUUUACUGUUUGCUCAACCAGUUCUUGCUAAAAAGUCUUUUUCCAGUGGACAACAAUUUUCAUUUGAGAGAAAUGAACACCAAAAAUUUAAGAUGUAUAGAAAGCCAAUAUUUUUAAAGGAAUUAUCUUUCCUGGGAGAUUCAGAUACGAAUGGAAAUGUUGGUUUAGGUUUUGGAGAGGGCACAGAGAACUUGACUAAAAUACUCAGGUUAAAGGAUCAAAAGAAACCAAUAAUAUUACUAGCACCAUCUCCAAGUGAAUGUUCACUGUGGGUUAGAAGAAUUACAGAAGCAAGAAAAAUAUUUUUGGAAAAUGAGAAAACACGUUUGCAAAGGCAGCGAUCAAAGCAGGCGCAGUUCGGAGCGUGCGGCAGAAUUCUUGUUACAGUGCUUGCAGGUUUCAAUUUAAAAACAAUACCUGUUCGCAGGAGACCACCCCAAGGUAUACUUCGAUUAGUAGUUGUGGAAGCUGAAGAUUUAAUUAUCCCAAGGAAAGGCAAGUGCAAUACAUUCUGUAAAGUGAGUAUGGGCUCACAGGAAGAGGGGACAGGUGUUGUAUCAGGAAGUGGAUGUCCCUUGUGGGAUGCAUCAAUGCAAUUCCAAGUGAAAGAUUUAUUGGAGGAUACAUUGUGUAUCACAGUAUUUGAUAAGGGCUAUUAUAGCCCAGAUGAAUUCCUUGGUCGAGCAGAAAUAAGAGUUGCCGACAUAAUGAGAGAUAGUAGAGAUUCAUGUGGACCAAUACAGAAAUCCAUUCGAUUGCACGAGGUUGAAAAAGGCAUGGUAGUGUUGAAAUUGGAUUUGCGACUCUUUGUCAAUCACGCUACCAACAAAAAUUUACAUGUCAUUACGCGUAAUUCCAUAUCAUCCUUGCCUUAAUAUAAUUAAAUAGGUUAUAAGUGAUUAAUUAUAACUUAUCGAUGG